CAUGACAGUCUGUUCCUGCCGGGAACUUUUGACCAAUUUUGACCAAGUACCUCCAUCAUGAAGGCCUCAUUGAAAGGUACAUGUUCCAAGACACCGGUAUUUGAAGGGCACAGGGGGCUUGUCCUUUCCGACUUCGCAGUUGCAGAUUCCCCUUCGAGUCGUUGACUCCUGGGCAGAACACCUGAUGCCCUCCCUCCAACUCGAGAUGCAUUGCGUGUCUGUACGCGUACUCUGGCGAUCUUGCCAAGGCAUAUGCUCAGCAUCCGCAACUCCAAGUGGUCCUUUAUUAAGGUGUUCCGUUUCUGGCCCGGCUUACGGACAUCCUUUUCUCCGGUCCUUGGCUGCCUCAACCAAGGACCACCCAGACACGCCAGAUUCGAGGGCCCGAGACCUCAAUCAAAAGGAUGUCGAUGAACAAGAGCAGGAGUUUGUCGAGUCCUUCUCGCGUCGGCAGCAGAAUAGCCGGCCAUGGCAUCGAGCUGGUGGCGUAGCGAAUAAACUUCCCAACUCGUUGUUAUCCCUUGAUCCAACAAACGGGGACAGCACCAGAGGCCGACUGCUUACCACACCUACUCGACUCCUGAAGCUGAUAUUGCCCCUCCCAUUCCGGAUACCAAGGAACAGCAAGAGUAGCGAAAGGGAAGAUGCCAAACGGGAGGAAUCCAAAGACGCCAAAAAGGACGGUGAUAAUGAAGACGGGAUCGAGCCGCUCGCUCUGCUGGUCCACCCCCAGCAACCGCUUUCCUAUCUCGAGCGACUCAUCCAGGCCGAGCUCCCCCCGAUUUUCGACGGCAGGCGGGAACGGCUCCCCAAUCUCGUCUUCCGCGCCGAAGGGGAUCUCCAGGGGACAAAGGGGGACAAGGACGACGAGUCCGGGGACGAGCACGGCGGCGCCAUCCGCCAGGACGACAACGAGGGCAACGUAGCCGCCUACUCCGGGCUGGGCCGCGAAGAGCCGGCGCGGUCGGAAUCCGAGGCGAAAUGGGUCCGGUGGAGCAGCAGCACGGAGAUUGGCGACUUCAUCUGCGACGCGGCGCGGGGGCGCGAGUUCGCCAUCAGCAUCGAAGGGUACGAGCCGGAGCUGCGGGUGGCGGUGCCGAGCUUCAACGACCGCACGCACUACAUGCGGGAGCGGCUGCGGCGGAUGUCGCGCCACAUCAGGGGCCAGGCGCAGAUCAAGGAGGAGUGCGACCAGCUGGCGAGCAAGGGGGCGCACCGGCUCGCGCAGGGCGGGUUCGGGGCGCUGGUCGGCUGGUGGGGCGCGGUCUACUACGUGACCUUCCACACGGAGGCCGGCUGGGACCUGGUCGAGCCGGUGACGUACCUCGUCGGCCUGACGACCAUGAUCGGCGGUUACAUGUGGUUCCUGUACAUCAGCCGGGACCUGAGCUACAAGGAGGCGCUCAACGUGACCGAGUCGAGGCGGCAGCAGGCCCUGUACGCCGCGCGCGGGUUCGACCUGGGGGCCUGGAAGGAGCUCGUCCAGGAGGCCAACGCGCUGCGGCGGGAGAUCAGGACGGUGGCGGUCGAGUACGACGUGGACUGGGAGGAUACGAAGGACCUUGGCGGUGAAGCGGUCAAGGAGGUGCUCGAGAGGGAAGACAGCAAGGACGAGAAGAAGCGCAAGGCGGAUGAGGAGGAGGGUGAGGAGGAGGGCCGUCGGGGUGAGGAGAAGAACCGAGGGAGGGACCGGAAGGCCGAGGGAAAGCAGUCAGGUCGCGUGGCGUAACGAGCAUGUGUUGCAUGUGUGGUUUGUUUGGGUUUGUCAUGGACUCGGGGGAGCAUCAUAUAUAUACUCAUACCAUAUGUACCUUACCUUGGAUAGAGCAAGGCUUAUCUUGAAGCAGCGACUGGAAAUGUGGUGCCACGAUAAGAUGUCCCGGCUCGAAAAAGGAUAUGAGACUUCGAAUGUACACC